AUGCGUGUUGUCAUGGUGACCAGACCCUGUACCCCCUCCCCCCUCCUCUGGUUGGUCCACCUUCUGUUGUGGCUUCAGAACCAUGGACCUCAGCUGACAGAGGCAGCACCCCCCUGCCCCACCCCCUGUAGCUGCUCCAAUCAGGCGAGUCGAGUCAUAUGUACACGGAAGAGUUUAGACCAAGUACCGGACAGUAUUUCUGAAAACACAAGAUACCUCAAUCUACAAGAGAACUCAAUUCAGGUGAUCAAGUCUGACACAUUCAAGCACUUACGACAUCUGGAAAUCCUUCAGCUCUCCAAGAACCACAUUCGACAGAUUGAGGUGGGAGCAUUUAAUGGCCUCCCUAACCUCAACACGCUGGAGCUGUUUGACAACCGCCUCACGGUGGUGCCGUCACAGGCCUUUGAGUACCUCAGCAAGCUGCGGGAGCUCUGGCUCCGGAAUAACCCCAUAGAGACGUUGCCGGCCUUUGCCUUCCACCGCGUCCCCUCCCUGCGCCGCCUCGACCUGGGGGAACUCAGGAAACUGGAUUUUAUCUCAGAGGCCGCCUUUGAGGGCCUGGUCAACCUACGUUUCCUGAACCUGGGCAUGUGCGGACUAAAAGACAUCCCCAACCUCACCCCCCUCGUGCGCCUGGAGGAGCUGGAGCUUUCCGGGAACCAGCUGGGGAUAGUCCGACCUGGAUCCUUCCAAGGCCUUGUGUCCCUCCGCAAACUUUGGCUCAUGCACUCCAGGGUGUCUGUGAUAGAAAGAAAUGCUUUUGAUGACCUCAAAAACCUGGAGGAGCUCAACCUCUCCCAUAAUUCCCUUCACUCCCUGCCCCAUGAUCUUUUCACGCCUCUGCACCAGUUGGAGAGGGUGCACCUGAACCACAAUCCUUGGGUGUGCAACUGUGACGUACUCUGGCUCAGCUGGUGGCUGAAGGAAACGGUGCCCAGUAACACCACAUGUUGUGCCCGCUGCCACGCGCCCCCGGGUCUAAAAGGCAGGUACAUAGGGGAGUUGGACCAGAGCCAUUUCACCUGCUAUGCCCCUGUGAUCGUGGAGCCGCCCACCGACCUCAACGUCACUGAGGGCAUGGCUGCGGAGCUGAAGUGUCGCACUGGGACCUCAAUGACCUCAGUGAACUGGCUCACUCCUAACGGCACGCUUAUGACCCAUGGAUCAUACCGAGUGAGGAUCUCAGUGCUUCAUGAUGGAACGCUGAAUUUCACCAAUGUGACUGUGCAAGACACAGGCCAGUACACCUGCAUGGUAACCAACUCUGCUGGGAAUACCACUGCAACGGCCGUGCUCAACGUUUCUGCCUCAGAUCCCAGCAACGGCUACAGUUAUUUCACCACCGUCACCGUGGAAACCGUGGAGACAGUCCAAGAGGAGAAUUCGGCGAGACAGUACAUCAACGAGACCUUCAUCAAAAUCCCAGGUCCUACUGUUCAGGGAGGGGUACCAGAGGGACAGGGUUUCACCAUAUCCCCUUCUCUUUCCUCCCUUUCCUCGCUGCCCCCACGACCCAACAGAGCCACUGAAAAGGCUGUGACUGCAUCUAUAAUGGAUGUAACUAACAUUCCAGGCCUGGAUGACGUCAUGAAAACCACAAAGAUUAUCAUUGGUUGCUUUGUGGCCAUUACCUUCAUGGCCGCGGUGAUGCUUGUGGUGUUUUAUAAGCUCAGAAAGCAGCACCAGCUGCACAAGCAUCAUGGCCCUGCCCGAGCCAUUGAGAUAAUUAACGUGGAAGACGAGAUCGGGGCAGGAACAGGAAGUGGCAUCUCAGGUGGGUCCACUAUGCACUCCGGUGCUGGUGGAGAAGGCACCCUCAGGAUACACCACCCGGAAAUUGUCAACCUCCCCAAUGUGGGGCGGUCGGAUACACUCAACCACUACUACAAGUCCCACCAUUUCAACAACAACGUCAUGGGCCUCAGCAUCGGCACUGAGGGGAUGGGACCUGGAGGUAUCCUUAACAACAAGAACAACCAGCAAGGCCAGGACAUCCCCAUCUCCUGCACCUCGGUCCCUAUCUCCACCUCCAACCUGCUGACAACAUCCGGCAAUGGCACCAGCUCCAACCCCAGCUCAGUGUCCCCACCGCUGCCCAUGUCCCUGCCCAUGCCGACCAUGGGAUUACACGGAUCGAUCAAGGGUUUCAUGGGCCAGAACCAGAAUCCCCAAAUGGAGCCUCUUCUCUUUAAGGGGGGCUCGAAGGAAAACGUCCAGGAAACGCAGAUCUGA